AGCUGUACAGCUACACCGAGGAGCCCGAGCUCGGCACCAACAGGAGAUGCUUCGAGGAAGAUUUUCACGCUCAAGUGCAGGGCAGGAGGUGGCUGGAGCUGGACGGGGCUCAGCAGAAAGCCUACGUGAUGCGGCUGCUGGAUGGGCUCGAGGUGGUCAACCGGGACAAGCGGCUCAGAGUAGCACGAGCCAUCCUCUACCUGGCCCAGGGCGUCUUUGGAGACUGCGAUAAUGAAGGCGACGUCCUGCGCUGGUCCCGGCACAACAGCUUCCUCCUGUACCGCCUGGGAACCUUCACCGCCUUCCUGGAGCUCCUCAACAUGGAGAUCGACAACAGCCAGGCCUGCAGCAGCGCGCUGAGGAAGCCGGCCAUCUCGCUGGCUGACAGCACGGAGCUCAGGGUGCUGCUCAGUGUCAUGUACCUGAUGGUGGAGAACAUCCGCGUGGAGCAGGAGACGGAUCCCCCCGAGUGGAAAACCUGCCGAGAGACCUUCAGGACGGAGCUGAGUUUCCCCGUGCACACUGAAGAGCCGUUUGCUCUUCUGCUCUUCACGAUGGUGACCAAGUUCUGCAGCGGCCACGCUCCACACUUCCCCAUGAAGAAGGUCCUGCUCCUGCUCUGGAAGGUCCUUCUGUUCACGCUGGGUGGAUUCGAAGCCCUGCAGGCGAUGAAGGUGAGGAAGAGGGAGGAGCUGGGGCUGCCGCCCUUGCCAGAGGACAGCAUCCAGGUGAUGCGCAGUAUGCGCGCCGCUUCGCCCCCCACCUACUCCACCAGGCACCAGCAGCACCAGCAGCAGCAGCAGAAGCGUGGUCACCGCAGCCGAAGGCCCCUGGUGAAGCAAGACAGUCUGGAUAUCUACAACGAGAGAGACCCCUUCAAGAACGAUGAAGCAGGGGUCGACGAAGAGGAGAACGACGAUGUGGACAGCGGGAUCGAGGGGGAACUGGACCUGAUGGAGCGGGAUGCCAUCAUGCCCACGAUGCCUGCUCAGCGCCCACCUAUCGAAAGAGUUUCAUUCCCCAAAGGGCUCCCCUGGGCCCCCAAAGUCAGACAGAAAGACAUUGAGCAUUUCCUGGAAGCAAGCAGGAACAAAUUCAUCGGAUUCACGCUGGGACAAGACACCGAAACCCUCAUAGGGCUACCGCGACCGAUCCAUGAGAGCGUGAAGACACUGAAGCAGCACAAGUACGUUUCCAUCUCGGACGUCCAGAUCAAGAACGAGGAGGAGCUGGAGAAGUGCCCCAUGUCUUUGGGGGAAGAGGAAGUCCAAGAAACCCCUUGUGAGAUCUUGUAUCGAGCCAUGUUGUACAAUCUCCCCCAGUAUAUGAUCGCUUUGCUGAAGAUCCUCCUUGCUGCAGCACCCACCUCUAAAGCCAAGACUGACUCCAUCAACAUCCUGGCAGAUGUGUUGCCUGAAGAGAUGCCCAUCACCGUCCUCCAGAGCAUGAAACUGGGGAUCGAUGUGAACAGACACAAAGAGAUCAUCGUGAAGAGCAUCUCGGCUUCGCUGCUGCUGCUCCUCAAGCAUUUCAGGCUGAACCACAUCUACCAGUUUGAGUACGUGUCCCAACAUUUGGUGUUUGCCAACUGCAUCCCGCUGAUCCUGAAGUUCUUCAACCAAAACAUCAUGUCUUAUAUCACUGCCAAAAACAG